AACGUCUGCUUAGCAGAAGAAGAAAAAGAAACCACCGAAGAAAAGCAGGUCAAAGACGAACGUCGUUUAAAUUGUUAUCAGGUUACAUUUCGUAACUUUUUGUGUUUUACACUACUAUUUAAAACUAUAAACCGACGCUUUCAUUCCGCAACUUUUGCAUUUGACUGAUUAGUCGAACAGGGCUUGAGCUUAACGCCAAUGAGCUCACAAUGCUUUACAUUUGUGCAUGUGCCUCCUGCUGCUGCGAGCUAACAUGUUAGCAUCAGAGCUAACGUGAUUGCUGUGCCAAUAUCAACACACUUUCUCCCAAUACCCUACUAUUCUUCCGUUUUGGGGAAUAAAAAGGUUUGUUUUUUUCAAGCACCAAAAUGUCCAAAAGGAAAGUCACGUUUGCGGAUGGUGACGGUGGGGCGUUGGAUCUGGACGACGAGAUCCCAAACAAAAAGCCGACAGUAGAGGUGGCGAGUGGCCCGGGCUCCAGGUUCAAGGGCAAGCAUUCACUUGACAGUGAUGAGGAAGACGAAGGGGAGGAAACCCAGAGCAGCAAAUAUGACAUUUUGGCCAGUGAUGACGUGGACGGCCAAGAGAAUGCCACCAUCGACUACGAUGAGGGCGUUUCCAUCACGCCCUUCAACCUGGAGGAGGAGAUGCAAGAGGGACACUUUGACUCAGAAGGCAACUACUUCAUCAAAAAGGAAGAGUUGAUCCGAGAUAACUGGCUCGACAACAUCGACUGGGUGAGAAUCAAAGAGCAACCAUUCAAACAAAAGAAGAAAGGACUCAGUGCCAAACGCAAGCGCAGAGCAGGAGAUGAAGAUGAGGCAGAGGAGGAGAAGAAGCGGGAGGAACAGCAGGAAAACAAGGAAGGAGGUGAAGAUGAAGAGGACGAGGAAGAAGAAGAGCCGGAGCCCGCCGAGGACCCCCUGGCCUCCCUCACGCAGCAGCAGCUCACAGAAGCCCUGGUGGAACUUUUGUUGCCGGGAGAGACGGUCACGGCAGCGCUGCGUCGGCUCGGAGGCCUCGGCGGUCGCAAGAGGGGAAAACUGCGGGAUGCCGGUGAACACGUGGCAGACAACAAGCGGGACACUGAGAAGCUGGACCGCCUCACAUCUCUUGCCGACCGGCUGGUGGCGUCGGGCGUGUACGGCAUCUACCAACAAACCCAGGAGAAGCUGGCCUACACGCUCAAGAGCAUGAGCGGCAAGCGACCCGCCAAGCAAACGCAGGAGGAAGAGGAAGACAAAGAUGAACUGGACAUGUUCGGAGAGGAGUUCGACGAGAAGCACGGCGCUGGGGACAAAGAGAAGGUUGACGAGGACAAAAGAGUGAGCGAGGAGGUGAUGUGGGAGUACAAGUGGGAGAACGAAGACAAGUCGGAGGUCUACGGACCGUUCACCAGUCAGCAGAUGCAGGACUGGGUGGACGAAGGCUACUUCAGCAGCGGCGUGUACUGCAGGCGCUUGGAUCAGGAAGGAUCACAAUUCUACAACUCCAAGCGAUUGGACUUUGAGCUCUACACGUGAUCGCAUCCUGGCGCCUGAUGAUACAGCUUCAUUUCUUGUUUCACCAUUAUUUUUAAAUAAAUCACCCAUAUACUGAAUUGUUGUGUAUUUCUUGGACAUUACAAUUGACGACACUGCUUGUCUAUGCGUUUUGCAUAAUAAAACAUUG